CUAAGUAUCAAGACAAGAUAAAACAAAGAGAAGUGGUUGGAUGACUACCGUCUGUGGAACAUUGCGAUACACCAUUUCUCUCGCCUGACCAUGCUGACAUACUAUUUGUUAAGAAUUUCUUAGACUGAAGAUAAUUUUUUUUCAAGUUAUCUGUCAGAAAAAAGUAAAUCAUUAAACCCCGAAAAACAGAUUGACAUUCUACUGGAAUUCCUGUAUCAAAAAAGUUGAUUCGACCAUCCUGACAUUCGGAUCCCCCUUACAGUGAAAUUUUGGUUGAUCGUUUACAAUAAUGGCCAGAUCUACUUUUAUAGUAACUAUGUUAUUUGCAACUUUCAAUAUUGGAAUGGCAAAGAACGGGACUUCGGAACCUGUGUAUGUAACCAUGGAAACGCUCAACCCAAACACAACAGUAUCCCACCUGAUAACAAACGACGAUGCUAUGACUUCAUCAAUGGUACUUUCUACAGCAAUACCCGACGUGACAAGGGCAGCAAGCAGCCAAGCAUCUCAUUCUGCUAAAUCUUCAAGUCAUCGGCAAUCAGCUGAAUCUGUGUCCGUAGAAACCUCGGAAGGAGUCAGUACCUCUACAAAUGGGCCUGGUAGUAAACGCGACUUAACUGAAAGCUUCAUGACUGAUAAAGCGCCGGUGGUUCCUUGGAGCUGGGGUUCGAUCACGUGGUCCUGGUGGUCAUCGAUGACCCUGGUAUCCUCCAUUCUUGGAAUCAUGGGUAACCUUCUGGUAAUCAUAGUCAUCUGGCAACGAAGGAUGAUGAGCCGUUCUACUGACACCCUCAUCGGGUCCCUUGCUGUAGCUGACUUCUGCACAUCCGUCUUCAUUCUCCCGUUGCCUACAGCGAUCACUGUUCCCUCGUCCAUCCUGGGAGAGUUUUAUUGCCGUUUUAUCUUCACAUCUUACUUCUUCUGGUUGUCUGUUGGGUCGUCAAUCUACACCUUGACAUUGAUUUCUUUGGAGCGACUCAUAGCUGUGAAGUAUCCUAUCGAGUUCAGUCGUUUCUCAAGUAGACGUUACACGUCUCUGGCGGUUUUGUCAGUCUGGUCAAUGGUCAUGGUCAUUGAUCUCUUUCUGAUUCUUACAGCUUCUGUGGAUGGUUCUGGACACACUUGCAUCGUGAGGUUCAGAUCCAUUGCCGGACAGUACUCCGUUGGCAUAUUGAUCUUCAUGGUAUAUUUCCUGGUCCCUACAACCGUCAUGCUUCUAGCGCAAGCUGUCACUGCGUACAUUCUUCACAAGAAGUCCAAGCGGUUCCAUCGCGCCAAAGACCAAAACAGAUCCAAUCCGUCCUACAACCUUUUGGUUGCCAAGAAUCGUGUCAUCAAGAUGCUCUUCAUGGUCGUCAUGAUAUUCAUCAUAUGCUGGGGUCCUAAUAACAUCGCUUAUUUUCUAUACAAUGUCGGUGUUAUAAGUCCGAGCUACCUUUAUGGUGAAACAAAUCAGAUUCUUACUUUGUUGGCGUUCUACAACUCGUGUCUGAAUCCUGUUGUCUACACCGUCCGGCAUCAGAAAUUCCGCGCUGCUAUCCGUGGAUUGUUCACGGGCUCUAAAACGGAAAAGGAUGCUCUUUUCGAAUACAAAACAGAUGCAAAAUCUACUUCUCAAUUCAAGGAAGAAAAUGAACCAAAGGUAUGAAAUAAAGUCACGUUGAAAAAAAGGUCUUACAUCCACGAGUUUUUCGCAAGGAUGUACGUAGAAUUACACAUGAACCUAAGAGGAAAUGGAACAUGUU